UCGAGACGUCCACCCUAUGGAUCCUUUGAGUUUAUCUUAUCUCAGAGCCGAGUUUACUAUGCUUCUCUGCUGGAUGUCAUCAUCGGACUUCCAAAUACGAGUACCCGAUGGUACGAGUUUUCUUCUCGCCAGCAUUGACUAGCUUUUCGCAGCCAAGCAUAGCUUAUCAUUGCUUCUGAACAGCACUUACUCUGCUCCGCAUAGACAGCGACAUUCCGUGAUUUCCCGGUACGUAUAUACAGGGUCGUGAGGUUGCGUACGGUGGAGCCACUAUGCUUUACUACUACUCCUUCAUCGCGCUGCUCGUCGCGUUCGUUGUGCACCACGUCCUGCGGCGUAGAAACGCACCCCCACUUCCUCCUGGGCCGCCCGGGCUCCCGAUUAUCGGCAACUGGUUCGAGAUCCCGGAGAAGGACGAGUGGGUGUGGUACCUCGCGCUGUCGCAGAGAUACAACUCGGACAUCAUCUCGCUCCGUCUACUGAACGAGACGGUGAUCGUGCUCAACUCGAUGAGAUCGGCGCAGGAUCUGCUCGAGACGCGGUCUGCGAUCUACUCGGAUCGGCCUGCGUUCAGGAUGCUCAAUGACCUUGUGGGAUUUACCUGGCACCUGGCAUUCAUGCCGUACAACCACACCUGGAAGGCGUACCGGAAGAUGUUCACGCAGGAAUUCCUGCCCUCGCAGAUCGCGGUGCACCGCCCCAUAGAGCUCCACGCCGCGCACGUGCUCCUGCAAGGCCUCCUCGAGUCCCCGGACGCGUACGAGCGGCAUCUGAGGCACAUGGCCGCGAUGGUGAUCCUGACCACCGCAUACGGCAUCGACGUCAAGCCGCAGGACGACCCGCACGUCGACAUCUCCACCGAGGCGCUGCACGUCAUGGCCUUGACCGGGAACAGGGGCUCGUACCUCGUCGACUUUUUACCGAUCCUCCAGCAUAUCCCCGCGUGGCUCCCCGGCGCGCGGUUCCUGCGGGAUGCACGCGAAUGGAGCCGCUGCGUGACGAGCAUGCCGCGAGUCCCGUUCGAGGCUGCGAAGAAGCGCUGGGCGGCCGGGGAUCUGCAACCGUGCAUUGCGUCUCGGGUUCUGGACGAGAUCCAGGAGCUUCCUGAAGACCAACGGCAGAGGGAAGAGGGCGUGCUCAGGGACGUCCUCUCCGCAGGGUAUGCCGCCGGGGCAGACACGACUGUGUCGACACUAGCCUCAUUUAUCCUCGCAAUGGCGCUGUAUCCCGAGGUACAGACCAAGGCCCAGGCGGCGGUCGAUCACGUGGUGGGGCGACACAGGCUGCCCACCUUCGACGAUCAGGUGACGUAUGUCGAUGCGCUGCUCCGGGAGGCUCUGCGGUGGCAUCCCGUCACGCCACUCGCUAUCGUGCACGCCACGACGGCCGCAGACACCUACAACGGGUACCACAUCCCCGCCGGCGCUUCUGUCAUCGGAAACAGUUGGGCCAUCCUGCGUGAAGAAGCCGUCUACGGCGCCCACACCGAGCAGUUCAUCCCCGAGCGUUGGCUGAAUCCCGACGGCUCGCUGAACCCCGCGAUCCCCGAGCCCACCCCGGCGUUCGGGUUCGGCCGGCGGGUGUGCCCGGGGAAGGACAUGGCGCAGUGGUCCGUGUGGAUCUGCAUGAUCUCAAUCCUCGCGACGUUCGAUAUCCGCAAACCGGUCGACGAGCAGGGGAGGGAGAUCCAGCCGUCGGAGGAAUACACCUCCGGCCUUGUCUCGUGCGUUGGCGUGUGAGCCAUAGCCCUAGGAUUUAGUCAAAUCCGUUUGGCUGUAGCCAUAGAAAUUGCAUUCAAAUCUAUGGCUGUAGCCAUAGGGCAUGGCGGUGCUGAUGUGAACAACAAUCAUUAUGAUCGACAACCUGUGAUUGUGAUUGACACCCAACAGCUAGGCGGUGGUUUCAGUGAGGAUUGAACGGCUGACCUUCUAAAAAUGUAGAUGAAACCAAUGCAUUAACAUACUGAUCUAAACCACUAUUAAACAGGUUACAAUUUCC